AGCGAGUUGAGCCGCCCUCUCCGAGCGCUUCCUGCACUUCCGGGGACCUGGUGCCGAGGUCUAGAGUCUUCCGGUAGGCGGCGCGGGAGGAGUCAGAGUCUUGAGGGGCCGGGCCGGGCGGAUUCCCUUCUCUCCCAAUGCGAGCAGUGUCCUGAGCGCCCCCCCCGUCAGGCGAAGGCUGCCCAGAGAGCUGGAGCCGGUGGCCGGGCCGGGAACAUGAGGCAGUGUCUCCUCUUCCUGACCAGCGUGGUUCCUUUCGUGCUGGCGCCGCGACCUCCGGACGGGCCGGGCUUCGGCUCCCCGCAGCGACUCGAAAAGCUUGAUUCUUUACUCUCAGACUACGAUAUCCUCUCUUUAUCCAAUAUCCAGCAGCACUCAGUAAGAAAACGGGAUCUACAAGCCUCAACACAUUUAGAAACACUACUAACUUUUUCAGCCUUGAAAAGGCAUUUUAAUUAUACCUGCGUCAAGUACUGAACGCUUUUCCCAGAAUUUCAAAGUCGUGGUGGUAGAUGGUAAAGACGAAAGCGAG